AUGAGUUGUGAUGGCCAUCAAUCCGAUGACAAUAGGGCAGAUGCAAAGGAUGCGGCCCACUUCGAAAAAAACCUCUACCUCUACAGCGAGGAGAUGGCGGAACGCCCCCACGUGUCCACCUUUCUCAGUACUUUGGCCAAUUACAACGUUGCUAUCCCCAACGUUGAGGAGCAGGAAGGGAAAGCGGCCCCCAAAAAAGCUAACCUGGGGACAAUCGCCGGCGUGUACCUUCCUUGUAUUCAGAACAUCUUCGGGGUCAUCUUCUUCAUUCGAUUGGUAUGGAUCGUGGGUACGGCCGGGGCUAUCGUCGGAUUCAUCACCGUCUUCCUCUGUUGUUGUGUUACCUUCACCACUGUUAUAUCUUUGAGUGCCAUUGCGACGAAUGGUAUAGUACCGGCGGGAGGAUCGUAUUUUAUGAUCUCCCGCUCUCUAGGCCCUGAGUUCGGGGGUGCCGUGGGGAUCCUCUUCUAUCUGGCAACCACCCUGGCCGGGUCUAUGUACCUGGUUGGCGCCGUUGAGAUCUUCCUGAACUACUUGGCGCCAGAGUUGGCCCUGUACGGCGACUUGGCGGACCAGGAAAUAAUGUAUCAUAACUUCCGAACGUACGGCAGUAUUCUUCUGGUUCUGGUGGGCAUUAUGGUAUUUAUCGGCGUCGCCUUCGUCAGCAAGCUUGCCCCCGUCGCUCUUGUCUGCGUCAUCAUAUCCAUCGUCUGUGUAUACGUCGGGGUCUUCUACAACAUGAACGGUAAAGACGAGCCUGCCUUCUGCUCGUUGGGUGACAGAAUUCUGCGUUCCAAUGCUACUUGCACCAAGGAGAGAAACGUGACCGAUUCUCUGUUUUACGAGUAUUGUCACGUGGCCGGCAACCAGACCGUGUCCGGAGUCAACCAGACCGACUUGAUCUAUGAGUGUGACCCCUACUUUGAGAAGAACGAGGUCCGAUCCAUACAAGCUAUACCCGGUCUUUACAGCGGAGUGUUCUUUGAUAACUUGAAGCCUCGUUUCCGGGAAAAGGGUGACUACAUCGACCUUUCUGAAAAUCCGGAGGAUUCCAACACUAGAGGAGAGAAAACUUAUAACCAGUUGCUGGUUGACAUUUCCACCUCCUUUACACUCCUCGUCGGCAUCUUCUUCCCCUCUUGCACAGGUAUCAUGGCGGGCUCGAACAGGUCUGGAGACUUAGCUGAUGCUCAGAAGUCAAUUCCAACAGGAACUCUGGCCGCACAACUCACCACCUCUUUUGUCUAUAUCUCUGGCGUGUUCCUAUUUGCUGGUUCUUUCGACAAUCUAUUCCUUCGUGACAAAUUUGGAGAGAGCAUAGGUGGCAACUUAGCAGUGGCGCAACUUGCCUGGCCACACCCCUUGGUCAUCGUGGUGGGAUCUCUCCUAUCCACCAUCGGUGCUGGCAUCCAGUCCCUUACUGGUGCACCCCGUCUUUUGCAGGCGAUCGCCCGGGACGGCAUCAUCCCCUUCCUGAACGUGUUCCAAUACAGCAACAGCCGCAAUGAGCCCGUGUGGGCUCUCUUCUUGACGCUCACCAUCUGCGAGAUGGGCAUUCUCAUCGGGAACCUGGACCACAUAGCCCCCAUCCUAACCAUGUGUUUCCUGAUAUGUUACAUGUUUGUAAACCUUGCUUGUACCUUGCAGAGCUUGCUGAAAACCCCGAACUGGAGACCAAGAUUUCGAUGCUACCAUUGGGUUGUCUCACUACUUGGUGUGAUACUGUGUCUAGCAGUUAUGUUCAUUAGCAGCUGGUAUUAUGCCCUGGCUUCCAUGGCCCUGGCAGGACUCAUUUACAAGUAUAUCGAGUUCAUGGGGGCCGAGAAAGAGUGGGGUGACGGCAUCCGUGGUCUUGCCCUGUCUGCAGCCCGCUACAGCCUGCUUCGUCUAGAAGAAGGACCGCCCCACACCAAAAACUGGAGACCCCAGAUCCUCGUCCUCUGCAAGCUCAACUCCGACCUCAUGCCCAAGCACCGGAAGCUCGUCUCUUUUGUCUCGCAACUCAAGGCAGGCAAGGGUUUAACAGUAGUGUCUGCCGUCUUGGAGGGAGAAUUCAUGAAGCGGUACAGUGAGGCCCUAGCAGCAAAACAGAGCCUUAGGAAAGUCAUGGGGGAGGAACGUGUAAAAGGAUUUGCUGAAGUAGUCGUGUCCAAAAGCUCCGCUGAUGGACUGAGCCACCUGAUCCAAACGGCCGGAUUGGGCGGUCUCAAGCAUAAUACUGUGAUCAUGGGCUGGCCUUUCGGAUGGAAGCAGUCUCCAGAAGUUUGGAAAACGUUCCUUGACAGCGUCCGAAAUAUUGCAGCCAGCAAGAACUCACUCCUCAUCCCUAAGGGAAUUGACCAAUUCCCGGACAACACUGGCAAGGUGGCCGGUCAUAUAGACGUCUGGUGGAUAGUCCACGACGGCGGCCUGCUGAUGCUCCUGCCUUUCCUCUUGAAGCAACACAGAGUGUGGAAGAAUUGCAAGCUACGGAUCUUCACCAUUGCACAACUUGAGGACAACAGCAUUCAGAUGAAGAAGGACCUGUCAACUUUCCUUUACCAACUACGCAUUUCAGCCGAAGUAGAGGUCGUCGAAAUGGUGGAUACGGAUAUCUCGGCCUACACGUACGAGCGCACGCUCAUGAUGGAACAGCGUUCACAGAUGCUCAAGCACAUCAAGCAGAGGAGAGGAACGCUGACGGUGGUUCAGACUAUCAAGGACAGCGUAGCCCAACCAACCGCGAAGCCCAGCAAGGUUCAGUUCAUCGAGAUGCCAGAGCAGGAUACCACCCCAAUCGAGUCUGAACCCCCUUCGUCCUCGAGCCCGCCUCCGGCCAGUCCGCCUCCAGCCAUCUCAGUGGACGCGUGUGAGGAGCCUCCGGCAUCACCGGCUAUCGAGAAUGAUAUCAAAGAGAAGCCGGCAGAGGGAAAGGACCUCCUCACGAAACCGGAUGAGGCGAACGUUCGUCGCAUGCACACUGCAGUCAAACUGAACGAGGUGAUUUUGAGUAAAUCAAAAGAGGCUCAGCUAGUCGUCAUCAACUUGCCAGGACCACCAAAACUCAGGACCGGAGAAGAAAACUAUAUGGAAUUCAUUGAGGUGCUCACGGAAGGGCUAGAACGAGUACUCAUGGUGCGGGGCGGAGGACGAGAAGUCAUCACCAUCUACUCCUGAAGGACCCGUGGAUACACUCACCUGUUGCUGCCUGCGAUUUGGGGGGGAGUUGUUACGUAUCAAUCUCGAUCUCCUACCGGCAGCCUCCAUCUUCUCUUCAGUUCGGGUGUAGAAAUUAUUUAAAAUCCACAAUCUUCUCAAACCCCCUGUUUUCGCGUAUGAUCAAUUCUCUCUCGGUGUGUGUGUUCUGGACAUCUGUUGAGCCCAAUUCGAACUGAUGGAUAGUACGUGGAGAACAAAAUCAGAGCGAUGGAGGCAAAGAUUUUGAAGUUCAUUGUGAAUGAACUCAUUUUAAACACACACAUACCACAAAAAAAAAUGAAUCAUUUACUUGAUGUUUGCUUUUUUUCUUCCCAGUCAGCAAGUCGUAAGUACAUUUUGAAUCUCAACAUUUCCCUCAUUUACCUCUUGAAACAGCUAAAUAUAUCAUAGUUUGGUCUGUUUUCCAAGCAUGAAAUACACAAAGACAAAGAGAAAUGGACAUUUCCUUAGCAUUUAACGUGAAGAAUAGGUGUCCUUUUAAAAUUGCUUAUAUUAAGUGCAUCUUCAUUGCAUAUGAUAAAAAGUUUGCAUAAAAUAUUUGAUUUUAAAUAUUACAAUCAUAUUCUAACUUUCUUUAAAUACGCUUUAAAAAAAAAUCUCAUACGUUGCAACUAUAUUUCUUAUUAUGGUUUCAAAUAGCAAAUGACUACUAGAAGUAAGAAAUUUCUACACGAAAACUUAAUUGCGCAUUUACUUACAAAUAAGUUUUUUUCUUCAUCAUAAGCAAACAUAUAAUACCAAUAAACAACAAAAACAUCUUAACAACGCAUAUAUUAUUUCACCAUUUUUCUACGAAGGAACUGGGUCUAUUUGAAGACAGUAAUUACUUAUAUAACUUACGUUGAGAUUUCUUUCGAUGGAAAUCCAUAAACUGUGUUUUAAUCGAAAGUUUUUCCGAUGCAGCUACAAAGAAAGAACUGUUCUGUCGAAAGGACAGCCAAGUCCAGGCGCACACACCUACGAGAGGCCUUCUGGACCCUGUCCUCGGGGCGUCCUUUCAUCUCACUUGUACAUAUGUAUUAUUCUUAGACCUUACGUAGCCAUGCCUGCAACCGAAAGCUUUUUAUACACUUGCCUGUUGUGUUUUCCUAGUCGAUGAACUUUAUACUUGUUAUCGCUCAGUUCCAACAAUCUAGUCAAUUCAACCUGCCAAAUCACUUACGUUCACGUUGUGUUAGUCUGCUCACGCUCAAUUCACGUCAGCAAUUUUCUUUCAGUCGCACUCCCGUCUCUGUCCACUCCAAGCCAUUAGAACAUCGGUGGUGGUUGUAGUUAUACAUUAUACGGUUCGCCUUGUUGGUAACUAGGCAUAUUUUAAUUAACUCAUCAAGUUCGGUCGUUAUAGAUUUCCAGUUUCAUCCUUCUUCUAAAUACAAGAAAUUAUAGGUCUUGCUUAUUGGGUGAAUAAAUCUUAGAAAACCCUUCACAAAGACAACAGUACACUCAACAUGGAAACAGGCAUGGCAGUUAAGUACAUGGAAACACGUACUUAAGUUUUGCAACAGGGCGAAAGUAUAAUAGUUGUAACUUCCACAGGCUGUGCAACUGAGCAAUGUUUCUUGCACAAUGCCUGCCGAUAUUUCAGAUUGAUCAAAGCAACGUAUGGCAUUCUUUGAAUUUCAAAGUCGCAAAAAUGUGAUUCAGGGUUUGUACUUGCCCAAAACGAAAUUAAAUGACGGCGUUAAUUCUAGUCAGUAGGUUAGUGAGAAAGCAAGUUAUUUCCUGACUUUUUACAUUGAUAAAGUAGUUUGGAAAGAUAAAAGGUAUUUCCUAUAUAUAAAAAUGUAUGCAAACCUAUUUUUAAAAAUAGGAUCCAAGGCAGUAACCAAAACCAAAAGAAACCUUCCAGGCCUGUCCAAAGAAGAUAAAGCCUGAUAAAGUAACUUAAGCAUAAAGUCGUAACUGACAAUUUUACUGAGCUGUGUGGGAAAUAAGACAUUUUACAUAUUACAGAAAACCCAUUCGAUUACGAUAAAAUGUUAAGCUAACAAUGCUCUUAUUCUCGAUUCCAUCAGUAGUUAACCGCUUGCAGGGGACGCCAUUUUGUUUACCAUGAAAAUCUUUCUUUAAUUAGUGGGAAACUGUUGAUGAUAAAACAAUGUCACUUUUAAAGAAGCUGCGUUACUAAUAAAUCCAGAAUAAGGAUCAACAUAACGACAAAUUAUCAUUAGUCAUAUAACUUAAAUUGGAAUAUUCACGAGACACUAAAGGCAUUCAGAGUAACUAUGAAGGCAUAAUCACAAAGAAUGUCUGAAUUUUUUUUCUUACUUUGGACACUAAAUGAAGCGACAUCAGUUGAACAUCAUUCACCAAUUAAGAAUUGAGGUUGGACAGCGGAGGCAUUUAAAAUUGAAAUCUACCAUUGUUGGACAUGAAGUAAAAUUUGCUCAAUUUAGACGCAACUUUUCGUUGCUUCACCUUAUACUAAUACUAGUUGUUAGAAGAAUUUGGAGUUUAGUUAGAGUCGCGAAAACGUUUUUGCUGGCAGAAAAAAUGGCAAGGGGCAAGACGGCGGGAGUUUCUUUCGUUGCAUUUUUACCCAAACCUAAUUUAGGAUAUAAUAAGGAUUGUUGUUACGUGUAUACUUAAGAAUAUAUUUGUUCAAAUCUUAAAUCUAUUGUAAGGCGAGCAAAUUAAAUGUUGUUGUUAUUAAUAGUAUUACCAUUUACAGUUUUGAUAAUGAAAGAUAUAUGCUCAGUUUAAGAGAAAGUAUAGAAUUAUAGCUCUUUGAUGAUAAUCCUGUGUAGAUGUGGGGACUUUUUGAAAGCGUUUCGGAGCAAAGCCUUUACGUUAGAACUCUUUUCAAAGCACGGGCGAUUGAUCUGUCUCGAAGUUGGAUUCUCAACACUUAUCUGUGUCAGUGACGUUUUGUUUGCACUUGAAAUGAAUAUGUUUCCUGAAGCACUCUUGGAAACGUUACGAAAAAAAAAAAAAAAAACCUUUUACGAAUUGUGACUGUUUACAAAAACCCUUAAUUGGUAUUUAUCUCUUGAAAGCUAGAUUUUUUUUCCUCAAGUAAAAUGUUGAUGUUAUGAAGGUUUCUAAAUAAACGAGUUCGAGUUCGGAUUAUAAACAAAACGAAAUAAAUAUUUUCUUUAAAAACCUUAAAAUGCAUUGAAAUUAUUUUACACAUUGCGAUAUCAUUGAAAUAAGAGUUUAAAAUUGUGGUCUAUUGUUUAUAGUACUUGAGCAAUCCACACCAUUUGACCAUGUAAAUAAUGCUAUAAUGAAUGAUAAUAUUUGUUGCCUGUGCCAAGUAAUUCUGAAAAUAAUUCUUGUACUUGGAAACUGACAGAAUCUGCGUUAUUCUUCAAAUGUACAUUAACUUUAUGCCCACACUGGUACAUGCCCAAAAAAAAAACAUGCCAUCGAUAAAAGAUUUUUAAAAAUUUUGUUUAUGAUCCGAACACGUUAUUCUGGAAGUGAUUAAGCAAAUAAGAGAUUAUAGUAAGUUUAUGAAGUUGGAAAAUUUUUGUUCUGAAAUAUGUACAAAUCCAUACACCAGUGCCAAAAAAGCCUCCAACCUAGCACAAAGUUGAAUAGUUCAAAUUUAUCAAAAAAGAUCACGUUUUCUUUUGUUAUUGAACUAUUCAAUAUAUAGCAGGAGGGACAAUGUGAUAUGUUCCGGCUUCUUGAGGAUGUAUGCAACUCGUCAAUUAACAAUAUAUUUUAAUUCGUCUUACUUUAAUUUAUUCCUAGUGUUUGUUUCAAUUGUGAUUUUUUGUAAUGCAGUCAGUUGCCAAAUUAUGCGGGCAUGGAACAUUAAUUUUCUGUUUUAAAGAAAGGAGAGGAAAGUGCUUAAAAGAACUGAGUUUGUUGAAAUAGAAAAGGUACUACUGAGUAGUUUAAGUGUCAGUAACAUUCGAUACAUCAUUUUGAUUCCAAUUUAUUCAAGUCCCUGAAGAAAAUUGUUUCGUCAACAGAAUUUCUAAGAAUGCGCACAUAUAUAAAAAGAAAUCCUUGCGUGCCGUUUUAAAAAGAUCGUCUUUGAUUUAAAAAAGAAAGACAAAAAGAUCACAAAUGAAAAACGAUUUGUGAAGUCUUUCUAUUCUAGAAAUAAAAUACUCAUUGUUCAUAAUUUAGUAUUCAGGAAAGUUAAUUCUAAAAGAUGACGUCAAAAAACAGUAAAUAACAAGUCCCCAGUAAUUUGGCAACUAACUAUAUAAACUGAAGAAUGUUUGACAUUUUGUGCAACUAAGCACUAACCCAUACGGUAUACCUGCUUUAAAUUUCUAGUACAAUUCUGUUACUCUCGCUUUCGAUAGACACAAAAUUUUACUUGUUACAUUAAUACGAAGGAACUGCCUGAAAAUAUCUAUAAAAGUUACUUUUUGUAUGCAACUGAAAUAAUUCGUUCAAUGAAUUCAGUUUAUCACCUAAUUCCGAAAUUAAAAUGCUCGAUUUUUAGAUCAUUCUGUGUACCAUUACUAUACAUAACUUUUUUAAUGCGAAAUGAUUCGAUGAACUAUUUCAA